AUGGGGGCUCAUUCUGCAGCAGCAGCUCUGUUCGCUGGCCUUCUUGGUUUUGCUACUCUUGUGAGCUGCAACACUGAAGGCGACAUUCUGUACGCACAAAGGCAGGCAUGGAAGGACGUGAACGAUGUGCUGGUGAGCUGGGAUCCAACCCUUGUCAAUCCCUGCACUUGGCUCCAUAUCACCUGCAACAAUGACAACUCUGUCGUUCGUGUGGAUUUGGGGUCAGCAGGUCUAUCAGGUUCUCUGAUUCCAGAGCUUGGAGGACUCACUAACCUUCAGUACUUGAGGUUGCAUGAGAACAGCCUGACUGGAACUAUACCACAAUCUUUCGGAAACCUGACGAACCUCAUCAGACUGGAACUUCAGAAGAAUGCAUUCAGUGGCACUAUCCCUGCUUCUCUUGGCAACAUCAAAACAAUGGAGUUCAUGCGAGUUGACAGAAAUUCUCUGACGGGGACGGUGCCGUUGGAAGUCCUCUCCCUUGUCCUUGUCGGGAACUUGACUGAGCUAAAUGUUGCUAGAAACAAUCUGGAUGGCACUGUCGGAUCAGCUGGACCAAGAGUGACUACCAUCAUCCAGGACAGGAUGAAGAGCUCAGGCUGAGGCCAACAAUCACGGCUUUGUUUUCUCACGCACGCUGGGCAA